AUGAGCAGCAGUGGUGUUUAUACAUGUAAUUCAUGUGUCUUGACGUUUAAUGCAAGCGAGGAGCAGCGGGCCCACAUGAAGUCCGACUGGCAUCGCUACAAUUUGAAAAGACGUGUUGCUCAAUUACCACCGAUAUCAUUUGAGAUAUUUGAUUCAAAAGUGUCUGCAGCUGCUGCUAGUAGUACCAAGGCUGUUGACAAAGAGAAACCUGUUACCAAAAAGGAGUUGAAAAGAAGGGAGAAGCAAGCAUUGCUCGAAAAGAAAAAGAAGCUAUUGGAAAUCGCCAGGGCUAAUAUGCUUGAAAACAUACAAAAGAGCCAAGAUGGAGAGACACCUGACAUGAGCAAGCUUUCUUUGCAAGAAAAUGAGGAGAACAAGAAAAAGGAAGAACCAGAGCAGGAGGAGCUUGAUCAGUUGACUGAGGAAGAAAUGGCGGAAAGAGUAAUGCAGGAAAAAUUACGCAAUAGAGUGGAUAUUCCCCUGGAGCAAUGUUUAUUUUGUGAACAUAACAAUCACUUCAAGGAUGUUGAGGAAAAUCUAGAACACAUGUUUAGGACCCACGGGUUUUAUAUCCCAGAACAAAAAUAUCUAGUUGACAAGACCGGGUUGGUAAAGUACAUGUCAGAGAAGAUUGGUCUUGGUAACAUUUGUAUUGUUUGUAAUUACCAAGGUAGAACAUUGACCGCUGUGAGACAGCACAUGCUGGCAAAGAGACACUGCAAGAUCCCCUACGAAAGCGAGGAUGAAAGACUGGAGAUAUCUGAAUUUUACGAUUUCACAAGCUCGUACGCAAACUUCGGUAACAACACAGCACCAGACAACGAAGAUGACUGGGAAGAUGUGGAUAGCGACGAAGCUGGAAGCGACAACGAAGACCUGCCACAAGAGUAUUUAUACAAUGACGGUAUAGAACUGCACCUACCGACAGGCAUCAAAGUUGGCCACAGAUCUUUGCAAAGAUACUACAAGCAAGACUUAAAGCCCGAAGUGAUACUGACCGAAGGUCAAGGUACUCUGGUCGCUGCGGAGACGAGGUCUUUCUUACCUGCGUUCGACAAGAAGGGCGUACAGGCACAACAGCGUGUUUGGCAAACUGAGAGGUUCGACAAGAAAAGGCUCGACAAGAGAAGUGCCAAAUUCGUCAAUAACCAACCACACUACAGAGAUCAACUUCUGCAGUAA